UAAGGAAUAAGCUUGUAGUAAUAAACGAAACGAAAAUGACUUUAAACAUAGUGGGUACAGCAUUGAUCCUGUUGGCUACAGCACUAUGCAUGGUUGUAGCUCAACAGCAAUACGUGCCAGCAGCUGUCUACAUCCCGACCUUCCAAGGGAACCAGAGCUAUUAUUAUCCAGUACAUGCAGGACCACCCAGAAACAGCAGCUACAACAGCACCUACAGGACUAAUGGCAGCUAUCCAGCUAAUUACAACGGAAGCCUGGAUGGACACUUGUUUUCUGGGCAUAUCCAGCUGUAUGAUAGGCUGCUGUUCAACCAGGUUUACCGCAAAGAAUCUAGAUGGUGGUCGUCCAGAGACAAAACCAUUGACUACCCCCAGGCAGCUCCCGCAGGAUACACCAGGAACGAAGUGAUUUCAGCCAUAAGAAUCUACAAUCAAUUCCUGGAUGGGAAUUCAGCCAGAGCCACCAUCCUCAAGGGUGGGGUAGGCUAUCAGUACGUGAACAUCCUGUUGGAGUCCAAGUGGGGCAAGGGCUUCCAGUAUUUGGUCCAGAUCUACGGCCACUAGUGCCAAAAUAAACCACUAAAGAACUAGA